UAUCUCUAAAAGAAAUAUAGAAAGAGGCAGAUCUGACUCUAAUUCCUCAUUAUUAAAAACUUUAAAAAUUUUAGAAAAAGAAACUACAGAAUUGUAAAGUAGACCUGAUGAUAAAAUGGAGAUGGAAACGAUUUAAUUAGAGAAGGAAAGAUUAAGAGAAGAGUUAAGAAAGAAAUUUAGAAUUAAAACAACAAAACUUGCAGUAUAUUUUCUCUGAUAAUUUUAGAGUUAAUAUGGAUCCUAAAAAAAUAAUGAGUAAGGAAAUUAAGAGGAAUAAGAACGAUUGUAUAAUGAGCAUAAUCAAUCUUACUAAAAAUCUCUAGAUUAUUUAAAGAUAUUGUAAGAAAUGUUAAUUCAGCAAUAAGUAUUGAUUUAGUUUCAUAAUUUCACAGGAAAAAUAUGUUAGAGGUAGUAAAGACAUGUAUGGGUUCCCACUUAAUUCCUCUUUUGUUGAUUAUGAUAAAUCAAAACCAUUGGUAUUGAGGAUAUUAUGAGUGAUAAUAUUGAAUUUCUUUGCAUUACUAGAUGUUUUAGUUAUCUUCGGG